AUGCCAGUGCGGCACUUGUCAGAUGAUUUGAUCCAUGAUAUCUUGCAAUACCUCCGUGAGGAUCAAGACGCUCUUUACAAUUCUCUAUGUGUAAACCGUUUUUGGAGUAGUCAAGUAGUUCCAUUACUUUGGUGUCAACCAUUUGUAAACUGUCCUCUUUCAAAACGGCAUUUACUCAUAAGAACAUAUAUAUCAUGUUUUAAUACGGAUGAACUUACAAACCUAAGUCCGUGUAAAAUUAAUCUUGCCGAAGUCCAACCUACUUUGUUUGAUUAUGCAAGAUAUUUGGAAAGUAUUUCUGAUUGUCAUUUGAAUUCAAGUGUUCUUGAUUGGGUUCAUAAGCAGAUAAACCAGAAAUUCUCUGAUUUCCCCAUUGUUAUUGAUCAGGAUUUCAUUAAGGGGAAGUUUCCAAACACAGUAGAAAUCUUAAAACAGUUGUCUUUGUUAUGCGUUAACAUUGAGUACAUUGAAAUAAAAAUCUUGAGAGAGACAAAUCCUUUAACUCAACAGUUAAUUAUUGAUAUUAUUAAAGCUCAACAAAAUCUUAAAGAAUUCAAAUUGACCGAGAAUUGGAUUUAUCCAACAAACAUCAUGACAUCUUUGGAAGUUCACGCCAAUCAUAUUACUGCUUUAGGACUAUUUUCUUUUCUCUUUGAUGAUACUUCGAUUAAGAUUUUAUCCAGUCUAACUACUUCAAUAAUCGCUAAAGCAGGCCAUAUGUUACAAUUAUUAGUUAUGGAUUGUGUGAAUAGCGAUAUGAUUGAUUUUGCUUCAAAAUAUUGUCCAAAUAUUUCCAUGUUGUAUGUUGAGUUGACCCAGAACGAUUAUACACUUUUGUUUCCUUGGAUUGGAUCACUGCAGUUGGAGACACUUGAAAUUAAAUGUUCUGUUGAAUCUCGUAAUAGAACUCAUUUACUUAGUGCAAAUGAUAGUGGAAAAUUUUUGCAACUUUUAAGUCAGCAUUUACCUUUGACAUUGACUUUUUUGAGAUUAGAAGGAAUGGAAAUUUUGCCAGAGGAUUUUAAUAAUUUCUCAAAGAAUUGUAAUGUUCCUUUACAAACAUUUAUUAUCCAAGGCAUCUUGAAACAUUAUAAUGAUGAUGAAGUACUUUGUUUAAUUUCUCAAUUUGCCACUUUACACAAAACCUUGGAACUUUUCGGUAUCGAUCGCGAAGUUAUCCCUCAAAAGUGGUCAAAGAAACUGAAAAAACUUGGGAUUGAGAUCUUUUCUAUUGAUGAUUUUGAAACAUUAUAUAAAAGCUAUUGA